UCACACCUGUGUCACCGACUGUACGCGGGGUAUUUUCCUGAUGGAGCGUUAUGACUAAGAUGGCCAUCGUCACAGACAAAGAAACAAGUGAUAUCAUGCCUAUCAAAUUUUCCUUAAACGCUGUAUAAAAGGCUCAUGUAAAUUGGAUCAGCUUCAGUUCAUUCCCAACAUCCAGAAUGUAUUCCAAAGUGUUCGCUGUGCUCGCUAUUGCGGCGUUCGCCAGCGCCAACGACCUACACGAAGGCUAUAAUGGCACCGUGAGCCAUAAACUAAUCUUCGAAGGGCACUAUGCAGGUGAUUGGAAAUCUGCUGUGAGGCCUGGGAUGGAUAUCUUCGUCAACACCACUGGCCUUAUAACUGGGGUCAAUGUGACUGAUCUCCGGGACGGCAAGGACGGCGUAGCGAGCAUAUCCAGCGGCGGAAUCGGACAAGAGAAUGUCACUAUUUCUCUCAAGAGCCCUAAUAUUCUCAGAGGAUACGACUUCUUAGUUGAAGUUUAUGCUGACGAAGAGACAACCAAGACAAACGAGAGGGGCAACCGUGGUGUCCAAGAAUCCGAGUACCCUGAACAGAAGCCGUCCCAAACUGUAUCUACUACUACUGGCAAGCCUACAGACCAGCAGCAACAGCAAGUAACUGGCAAGCCUACAAGCCAACUGGAACACCAAGUAACUGGCAAGCCUACUAGCCAACUGGAACACCAAAUAACUGGCAAGCCUACUAGCCAACUGGAACACCAAGUAACUUUCAAGCCAAGUGAGCAGCAACAGCCAGGAACUGUCCCUACUGGCAGGCCCACAGGCCAGCAAGAACAUCAUCAACAUCAUGUCCCAACUACAGGCAAGCCUAGCCAGCAACAACAUAAAACUGAACACUUCACCACACCCGCGCCUAAGCAGGAGGUUGAAAUACCACAGGAAGUUCAAGAGUCAAAGAAAGGUUUCCAAAUUGAUCAACAAAAUUAAAAAUCUAGAUAUUUUGUGACUUACUGAAAUAUUUAAAAUGUAAUACGAUGAUCCUCGAAACGGAUCGAAAUAAGUAUUAGAUGUUCGACCUUAAUUAUGUAAGUGUCUAAGUGACCAGUUUUAAAUAUUUAAAUCUGUCUGAUUUUAGUACUCUGUGAUUAUUACAGGCGCAGGCCAAUGUUUUCAAGCUUCACCACACGGCCAUGACAUCCAUCUUAUCCAUGACACACUGCAUAAUGUAUUACAUAAUACAUACUAUAAAAUAUUGUAUUAUUAUAACGCAUUUUGUUUAUUGUUAAAUAGUCACAUUUAAGGUCUAUUUUACGCCAGUUAGACGUUCAAAAUUACCUUUAUUUAUGACAAAAAUUGUCAAUGUUCAAGUACCUAAACAGCUUUUAGAUCUUUCCCAAUAAACCAAGUAUGUACGUUAGUUAAUUUGUGACAAGAUUGAAGAAUCAUAAUUGGCUUGCACUAUUGAUUGAUCUAAGGCAUCUAAGCAAUUAAGCAUUGAAUCAUUUACAUAGCAUCAAUCAAGCAAUGGUUUCCAUAUUUUUGGAUGUAUUUAAAUUUUUGUACUGUGUUAUUAGCUUUAAUAUAAUUAUAAUAAAACAAUGACUUAAAACAA